CGCCGAAGAUGAUCGAAAGCCGAUGGCCAGCGAUUUUCACGCACGAAAAGAAGUGAUUUUACGUAUCGCUGGCUGUCUGUGCUAAGUUUGACGGAGCGCACGCUAAAGCAAGAUGAGUCCCGACUCAGCUGUUCCUCCGUACCAAGAUUCUCUAUGCACCAAGACGUCCAUGUGAGCCCGAAGGAUCUAGAUGGGUGACCUGACGUGCAACCAGGACACUUAUAGUGAUAGUUUCUCUUGAAGCACAACUGAAAACUCCACCGCCAUGUCUGUAUCGACGGUCUUGGCAAAGGCGUUGUUCGACAACACAGCUGAGAGUCCAGAGGAGUUAGCUUUUCGGAAGGGGGACAUCCUCAUGGUUCUCGAACAAGAGCAGAGCGGUGGACCUGGAUGGUGGCUGUGCUCUCUCCAUGGAAGACAGGGCAUCGCCCCUGCAAAUCGCCUUCGUCUUCUUCAGACUGCUCCUCCACCAAAUUCUGACAUAGUGUACCUCACGCCAGGAUCCCCUUUAACCCGGAGUGUUGUCAGCAGUAGUGCAGAGGACUUGGAUGGCGUCUAUCGCUCACCACCGAGUGCAGGUGAGGGCCGUGGAGCAGCAUCCAGGCAUGAGGAGCUCCGAAGAGUUGAAGGUGGCCGUCCUCGCUCACACUCCAGCUCUGGCACCCGACCCAGGCCUGACUGGGAUCUUGGUGUGGUUGGGAGGCCUCGAUCGCCAUCUCUUCGAGGAAGAGGGACCGAAGUAACAGGAAGUGUUUAUCAAAGUCCAGUAAGCCCAUUACCUUCAGCAGCUCAGCAUGCCAGGCAACCUGGCAGCUUAGUCCAGACAGAGUCUGUGUAUCUAGCACCAAGCGGUCUUCCAAGAGCAAGUGAGGAGGCCAGUGAGACUACCUAUCUUGUCCCCAGAGAAGCAAUACCAACAGAAAACUCAGAUGACUGUUACUUGGUUCCAAAGGGCACACCCCUAGCUGGUGAAGGCGUUUAUCAGGCCCCAACUGGUGGAGUACUGGCUACUACUGCUGUGAUUCCUAAUGGAGCAUCCAGUGCACCACAGGAAAUACCUGGAGUGUAUCAAACACCAAGCUCUGUGGGGGCAAAUCUGCAAAAAACUCCAGUUAGUGUUUCUAAUCAUCAGCAUCCAUGCCAGACAACCACUCCUCAGGCGUCCCCAAGACCACUGCUCAAGGGUGCGUCACCCAACACUGCUGCUAUCCGAGGCAAACCUGGUCUUGCCCAUCGGGGUUCUCCUUUGCUGGUCAGAGCAGGGCAGGGGAGAGUUCCAGGAUCACCAAAUUUUGCCCGCAAACCUCCUCCACCGGCACCUCCUGUGAGGGGUGUCACUCGAAAAGAUGUGCAGCAGCCAACUGCAGCCUCAUCAUCUGACACUAGCAACGCUCCAAAGGUCUCAGAUCAGGGUUCUGCUACUGCCCUGCAACAGGAAGAGCAUAAACCGACCCUGCAGUCCAAGAAUGAACCGAAGAGUAACGGACUGGACAAGAACAGCAGGGUGCCACAGGACAAAGAGGAAAAUAAAGAUUCUGAUCCUGUGGAUGAACAGGUGUAUGACACUCCUCCGAUUGGAAGAUGGCAAUGCCGUGUACCUGAUGUCGUAGAGGAUGAUGGCAUUUAUGACACACCACGUUGUGUCCCACCACAAGUUGAAUCUGAGACUGAGGUGUACGAUGUUCCAGCUAUAACACUGAAUGUGUGCGCGGCAGAUCCUCCACGCAACGGCUGUGAUGUGGACGAUGAUGAUGUUUACAGCGUUCCUACACUACCGGGUGUCCCUUCAGGUCCAGGGGAGUCCAUGACCAGCCUUUUGAGUGAAGAUGCCGUUGUGAUCGGCCAGUUGUACCGUGUUCCCAGCUGUGAGAAACGAGCCAGCACUGGAGACCAGCAGCAGGACACUACUGAGACGGAUGGAGGCAUAUAUGACAUGCCUGCUCUGAUUGCUGAAGUCCUGCCUCACUCUUCAUCAUCCUCUUCUACUUCCACCCGUCGGCUCUCCGUUUCGAGCAACGGCUCUGGUGACAUUCAGUGGAGAUCUUCCCUCUGCAGUCUGGUGCACUCAGUGCUGAGCAUGGCCUCGUGCUCGCCUUCCAUGUUGUCAUCGCGGGACCUGGCAACAUCACUGGCUGAAAUUCUUUCUACCUGGAAAGCUAGUCACUCUGGGGAUCCUCCGCCGCCGCUACAGCAGGCUUGGGCUCGCUUGUCUGAUCUCUUGCCGGCUCUGUCGGCCAUCGGCAAUGCUCCUCCCUCGGAAGGACUUUUGUCCCUGGUUCAUCGUUCUCUUGAAGAGAGCUCAAUGCUGUUGCAAGUCCAGAGCCGCCCACGCCUGCCAUCCCAAGAAUCCCUUUCGCGCAGGCCUCUGCCAGCGCUACCAGUCCCUGAUGGGAAGUCAUCUGGAGGUGGAAUGGGCUCACGUAAAGGUAGCUGGAUCCAAGAAAGACCAUUGCCCCCCACGCCUCAACCAACCUUCCCAUUACCUUCCACUACGGCUCCUGUGACCAUGACCGUGGGGUCGGGCGAAGAAGACGACCCGAGCAACGAAUAUGCAGGGAUUGGUUUAACACCCAUACCAAUUGCUGUACCAACUGGGGACAGUGUUGGAUAUGUCAAAUUGCAGGGAAAACCUGAUCCACCUCCUAUUGGUCUGGCUCAGAAUGGGCAAACCAUCACUGCAGAGUCAAGGCUGACCCCAUCGCCACCUCUGCCAGUGUCCCUGUCCCUGGAGGACUCAGAGCUGUUGUCCUUCUACUCGUCUCAGAGCCUAGCACAUCUUUCUUGCUUGGCAGACGCCAUCGACGUGCUCUUCACCAGCGUGCAGGGGAAUCAGCCUCCCAGAGUGUUUGUUGCGAGAGGAAAGAGUCUGAUUGUGACAGCUCACAAACUAGUGUUUAUUGGGGACACACUAUCUCGUCUCCUCACCUCUGCUGACCUCCGAGCGAAGAUCACAACCUCUGGAGGACGACUCUGUCAGGCGUUAAAGUCAGUUGUCGUGGCAACAAAAGGUGCUGCCCAGAACUAUCCUUCAGUGUCUGCUACUCAGGAGAUGGUGGACCGUGUUGCUGAGCUAUCCCAGCAAGCGGCUGGCUUCUCCACUCUACUCCAGCGUCUGGCGGAAAUAUCAUCUUGAUGUGUUUCAGCACAUUUGUAGGAAUUACAUUACAAACCCUUCAGAUAUACAGUUCUCUCUUUCGAAAUGCCUUAGUUGUUGUUUCACUUUUUGAUACAUUUCUCUGAGUAAGUGGGAGUUCAGUUGGAGCACGACUUUCUCAUUGCUGAAUCUGUGACUCAGCCUGGCUUUACUAAUCUGUUUGACAAGACUGUUGAUUUGCCUUUUGUUAGUAUUUGGACCUCUGUGCUGUUAGGGCACACUUUUGAGCGUUAACUUAUUGAAUAUAUCAGGCUCAAUACAGUCUCUGAAUCCAAGUUGUAUUGCGCUCUGCGAGUCUUCGGAGGAUUUUUGUGUUUUCUUUAUGAUAGCUAUUUCCCCCGCAGCUGCUUUAUUUAUUUAACAGUCCUCUUUCCUGAUAUAGCACAAAAUGAGGCUAUCUUUCAGCCUGCUUUAUAUUAAAAACACCCAAAGGCCUUUGUUAUUUCUCAUCAUCCAUUCAUAAUCCUGUGUCUGUCACUAAAAAGUAAUAAUACUGUAUAUAAUAAAUAACCUCAGUGCAGAGAACUUUGAGAGUCAAACCAGCUUGAAGUUAAAACCAGUGACGCAAAACAAUUCAAACUCAACUUGUGCAGCAGUGGGAUGUAUACCUGAUAGAAUUGCCUAAUUAUGUUCUUUCCCACAGUUUCUCAUGAGCCUGACAAAAGAGCCAAAAACCUGCUGACCAAGUUUACCUGUCUCCACAUGUCGCAUUAUAACCUGCAUGUUUCACUACUUUUGUUUAUGUUCCAACUACGCUACGCUCUCUUUUGAGCCGUCAGUGAUUGUUUCAUUUCGCCCUGACCUUGUGGCGUACCACUAUGAGAAGACGGUUUUUAAGAUUAUGCAUAGACUUACCAUGUCUUUUUUUUCCCUUGACAUCAUUUUCUAAAGACUAUGCUGUUUGCAUGAAAAUGUUACGCUGCAGCAGGAGCCUACAUUUUUAAGUACAUAAUGACAUUACAUUUCUCUUUAUUGAACAUGUCAUUUUUGGCUGCGCUGUUUUCAAAUAUGUUUUCUAGCAGUGAAAUCGUUUUGUAGAUAUUUCUCUAUUUCUGACAUUUUCAUAUCACAUCUCCUUUCGCAAAAAAAGAAAAAAACCCUGCAUGAAAAAUACAAAACUGUUAAUUGCACAAGUGCUAUUUUUCAUAUUUCAGGUUUAUGAUGGUCCUAAAAAUAUUUUCUCGAAGUGAAUCACUACUUAUGGUGCGUGAAACCUAGUACCAUCGGAAUACAUGGUUUUCAUCCAUGUGUUGCAGUGACGCCUUGUGGAUGUUUGAAGGAUUACACACGAAGAGCGCUUGAUACCGCUGCAUAUUUAUGUGUACAUUUUGUGUUGGAUUUUACAUAACCAGAUUUCUUUGUUACUGGGGGAGUAUCUCUUUUGAUAAAUGUUACAUCUGCAGUCUUUGUGGCCGUUUUAUUUCUUGCAAAGGUUUUGUACACUAUGGAAAUUUACUUGAGUCAGAUAUCCUCGUUACACCAGUUUAAAUGGUUUAUUCUUUUUUUUUCUACAGACGUCCAUCACUUUUAAGGCAAUGUGUGUUAUUUCCGUCUUGUAAUCCUGCUCCA